GGAGUGAACAAAUUGGUUAGGUGGAAGGGUUAUCUCAACUCAUUUCCUCUUAUAUGUUCUCUCCAUUCACUCUAUUCUUCUCGGAACCCUACGAUUAAGCCAUAGGUCGGAUCAUCUUCUCGAUCCCGCCUUUUCCAUUUCCUUUUGCAGUUGCUUGAUAGAACUUGAAAGGCGUGGUGAUGCUAGGUGUUAUAAGGCGGAAAUCGGCUUCCGGCGCCAAGGUUUACAAGAAAUCGUUGUCUAAGCUCAAACCUACAGUAUCUACACCACGAGCAUGCGCAGCUGCUCCAGAAGAGAUCCCGUAUUACACGAGGGGCGUUGGCAAUGCUCGGGCUUUUUCCGCCAUGGCUGGACGAACAAUGUCUCCGAUUCCAAAGAGGUCAGUGACGAAUCUACAUAUGGUUAAUGUUUAUGCAACUCUUUUGGAUGGUGAUUUUUUCGCAGCUGUUGUCCCAGAUUUGGGUGAAUUGGUAUUUUAUAGCACGUUAGGUGCAUUCUUGAAAAAACCCGGGGAUAGAGUAGAAGUUGAUGAGCUAAUUGCGGUGGUUAAAGUAGACAAGGGAACAGUUGGAAUCACUAGUCCUGAAGCAGGAGUGAUUCAGAAGGUAGAAUUGUGGAAAGGAGAUUUUGUAGAACCUGGCACCAGGGUUGCUAUCAUAUCAAGAUCUGAGAAUUGCCGCCGCAACCAUCUCCCGUCACCAGCCGCAGCUGACUCUCGGACUUCCGGCGAAGAGGGCAUCCAACACGGCAGAGUAGAAAUUGACGGCUCGGUGCCAAUUGCGGGUCGUCGUGGGAUUAUUUUUCAGCGGCAGAGGCAGAGGAAGAUGAACGGAGAUCUGUGGUCGACGGAGAGUUGGCAGCCGUCGGGUGUCAAGGAAGGAGCGAGAGGCUUCAAGCUCUCCGUCUCAGACGCUGAACGUCGGCAGUGCACGCGGCGGAGAAGGUGA